AUGGGGAUGUUGAGACUCUGUUUAACUCUACAUGUGAGAGCGGAGCUGGUCCACUCAUUCAUCAGGAGAAUGGUGUGGCAGGAGUUGAGCCCAGCCUCGGCGUCCGCACUGCUGUCGACGGCUCUGUCUCUGGUGUCGCUGGCAUCUCUGCUGCUCAUGUGUUUGAUCCGGAAGAAGAGGAGGAUGGAUGGAACGUACCGGCCCAGUGCAGAGGAGCGGAAACAGACUCGAGCAAACUGUCCCGAGAAACCUGGGCUCCCGCUGCCUUUACCCAAAGAGGAAAGGCUCAUCUAA